AAUAUACAGCACAGGGUCGGGACUAAUGUCUUUCGUCUCACAGUUUUACUUAUCUGUUCUAUCUAAGAAAACACGUAUCAUGUGUCUCCAUAGUUUCACUUUUGUUUUUAGGCGUGUUCAGAUUUGACAUAUGUAUAUCCGAGUCUGUGAGACAAACAUCAAGGGUCAUUUACAGCCUCAACGAAGCGACACGCUGUUAAGCCACGAGUUAGUUAAUAGCAAAAUCUCAAGAAAAGAGCAUUAUGCUUCGUUUCGGCAGCAAAUUCGUAGUUUGUGACAACUUCGAAAGAUGUGUGCACGUUUUGAACAGUGUCCGUGACACCUGCAGCUUGGCCACAAUAUCAAAUGUGAGGAAUGGGCGAAAUAGUGGAUCGACAUUGCGUUCGAAAUGUUUGAUCGAUUUCACGGUUUCUCGUACAACCGCCAGAGUGACGCGUUGGGAGUAUUGUCGAUGGUCAUCAACGUUACCUUUUCAUGAAAUCCGGAGAACUUGUCUUUAUGAUUUUCACGUAAAGAAUCAAGCAAAAAUCGUCAAUUUUGCCGGAUGGUUGCUGCCAGUGCAAUAUCAAGAUCCAAUCGCGAUUUCUCAUCAACAUACCAGAUCGCACUCGUCGCUCUUUGACGUCGGUCACAUGUUACAGACGAGCAUUGUCGGUUCGGACGCCGGCGAGUUUUUGGAAUCGCUUACUCCAAGUGAUCUAACAAGUUUGCCAGACGGCACCGCGACUUUGACAAUCUUCACCAACGACAAAGGAGGAAUUCUCGAUGAUCUUAUUAUCAUCAAGGAUGACGAAGACAGGUAUUUCCUUGUGUCUAACGCGUCUAGGCGGGAAGAAGACAUUCGGCAUAUUUUAGAUCAUCAGCAAGAAUUUAAAAACGCUGGUAAAAGCGUAUACAUUAAUUUCCUUGAUCCUCUGGAUCAAGGCCUGAUAGCUCUUCAGGGUCCUAUUGCGGCAACAGCUCUUCAACCAAUCGUGAAUUUCGACCUACAAAAACUGAAGUUCAUGAACAGCGUGAAAACCGAGAUUUUGGGCACCCGCGUCAGAAUAUCGCGAUGCGGAUAUACCGGGGAAGACGGCUUUGAGAUUUCGGCGCCUGGGAAAGAAAUUACCGAUAUUGUCAAGAAAAUUCUGUUCAAUUCUGAUGUAAAAUUAGCUGGUUUAGGAGCUAGAGAUAGUUUAAGGCUAGAGGCUGGUCUUUGCCUGUAUGGCAAUGACAUCAAUGAAGACACCACGCCGGUCGAGGCUGCUCUUACGUGGCUAAUAGCAAAACGACGAAGAGUCGAGGCUAACUUUCCAGGAGCGCAACGAAUACUUACACAAAUCAAGACAGGCUCUACGAAGAAACGCAUCGGUCUUUUACUGGGUCAAGGUCCACCUGCUAGGGCGGGCGCGCCAAUAUUGACGUCGGAAGGUGAACGUGUGGGCACCGUCACUUCCGGUGGACCGAGUCCGACCUUGGGCAAGCCGAUCGCCAUGGGAUACAUACCGACGGAUUUGGCGCAGAUCGGCAACGGAAUGUUGGUCGAGGUUCGCGGGAAAACUUACAAAGCGACGGUGACAAAAAUGCCGUUUGUAAAAACCAACUAUUAUACGAAAUGAUAUUUCUAGUCUACAAGUAUUUCAUUCCUUGAUCAGACUCGAUCUAUUAGCAAUAACGUUGACUGCCACGUAAAAUUUAUCAAUUGUUUUACUAGCUCUGCCGUUCAAUAAAGACAUUUUCAUUGCUUUA